AUGGACUAUGUGGAGCACGAAACAAAUAUGUACGACGCUCUUAAUACCCCGGGAUGUCCGAAAGAGGAAUGUGGAAUUCUAAACCCGAAUAUCAACGAUGAUACGCUUAUGCUUUUGUAUGAUCAGCUAGCGGGUGUCCUACUUCAGCUUUCUAAGAAUUCUUUUCCCCGUAUCGGAUCUCUUACCCAGAUCGAUGACUUCACCUGGGAAGUAUCGCGCCGACCCUUGUCAAUGAAUAUGAAUGAACUGGUACGACUGGGAGGCCUACCACGGUCUAAAAUUCCCGACACCACAUUUAGUACAACAUCUUCUUAUCUUGAAGCCCUGGUGGACCUGAAAAUUGAGCACCUAGCGCACCAGAGGAACGAUGAUGUGGAGUCAGGAGAUGACUGUCGACGAAAGUUUGGCGCGGCAGCUUUUCCGUAA